AUGAUCAACCCAGACAUAGAGCGCCUCAUCGCGAUCCUCCAGGUCGUUCCAACGUUCCACAAACGACCAUAUCCAGCAAUCUCACCUCUUCGGCCCGAACUGAGUCAAUUAGGGAAGACAGUCCUGGUUACGGGGGCUGCCGAAGGCAUCGGACUAUCCAUUGCGCGAAAUUUUGCGCGGGCGUCUGUUUCGAAAGUUAUCAUCUUAGAUGUCAAUCGAAAUGCUCUUUUCGCUGCAGCCUCUCAAUUGAGAGCCGAGAUCGAAGAUGCCAGUGGGGUGACUAUCGUAGACCCCCGAGUUUGCAGCGUCGGCGACAUUAGCGAAAGUGACACCAUUUGGUCGAGUCUUUCUAAGGAAGGAAUACUAGUCGAUGUCCUUGUGCUGAAUGCGGUAUGCUAUGGCCCUGAAGAGCCGCUUCUGAAUAGCGGUCGGGACGCGAUUUGGUCUAGUUCCGAUGUAAACGUUCGCGCAUUGUUUGUCCAUACUCAACAUUUCUACAAACAAGUUGGACACGUUCAACAGAAGAUUGCCAAGGACGUGAAGCCCGAAAAGUUGCAAGUCAUAAGCUUUCAACUCGGUGAAGUCUUGACCGAGUCAGCCAAAAGGCAUGGCUAUAUCAAGGAUACUAUCGAAUGGUACGACGAGGACUUAAGUGGGCAGUUUGCUGUCUGGACUGCUACGCCAGAAGCCGCGUUUUUGCACGGUCGUUUUGUCUUCGCUGCUUGGGAUGUUGAUGACAUGAUGUCUGAAGAGUUUCAGGAGCACCUUGCCGAUCCCUACUACCUUAAGGUCGGAAUCAAGGGUUUGUAA